CUGUGUUAAUGUCUCAGACUCGGCGAGCGCCGGAGAGCGCGAGAGCUGCGGGAGAGAGGCUGGAGGAGCGCGCGCUUCGGCCCCACACUGCACGCUGCACCCUUGCGCGUGCCGAUCACCAUCCCGAGCCGACCUCCCCCUUCCUCAACUCACCCACUCACCUACCCCACCCCCCGUUUUUUUAAUACCCUACUCUACAACAACACCCCCUCCCACCCCAACCCCGGAGGAGCGUGUGAGGCAGUGGGAUCUGAUCUGGGAGCGCGAGGGAGCGCGCGCGGAUGAGCUGCUGGAGAUGGAAGUGCUGAUCGCGUGGCUUUGCUUUGGGAUGUGGCAGUGCAGCCCUGCUCGAGCGGACUCCAUCAUUCACAUUGGUGCCAUUUUCGAGGAGAACGCUGUGAGGGACGAUGAGGUCUUCCAGCUGGCCAUCUCUGACCUCAGCCUCAACGAUGACAUUUUGCAGAGUGAGAAAAUCACCCACUCCAUAAAAUUUAUUGAGCCCAACAACCCCUUCCAGGCAGUGCAGGAAGCCUGUGAGCUGAUGACGCAAGGGAUCCUGGCCCUUGUGACCUCCACUGGCUGCGCUUCGGCUAGCGCCCUGCAGUCUCUGACCGAUGCCAUGCACAUCCCACACCUGUAUGUGCAGCGCAAUGGUGACGGCUCACCGCGCACCGCCUGCCAGUUCAACCCCAGCCCGGAGGGGGAGCGCUACACACUGGCCGCCCGCCCGCCUGUGCGCCUCAGUGAUGUCAUGCUCACGCUCGUCGCCGAGCUCCGCUGGCAGAAAUUCAUCGUUUUCUACGAUAGUGAUUAUGAUAUCCGUGGACUGCAGGGCUUUUUGGACCAAACAUCCAGACAAGGUCUUGACGUGUCUCUACAGAGGGUAGAUAGGAACAUCAGCGGCGUUUUCUCCAGCCUGUUCACCAGCAUGCGCACUGAGGAGCUGAACCGCUACAGGGAUACUCUGAGACGAGCCAUUUUGCUGCUGAGUCCUCGUGGAGCCCAGGUCUUCAUCCACCAGGCUGUGGAGACAAACCUGGCCUCUAAAGACAGUCACUGGGUGUUUGUGAAUGAGGAGAUCAGUGACACCGAAAUCAUGGAGCUGGCCCACAGUGCCUUGGGAAGGAUGACGGUCAUCCGGCAGAUUUUUCCAUUGUGGAGAGACAGCAGUGUGAGCUGUAUGAGGAACAGCCACCGUAUCUCCUCCCUGCUCUGCGACCCUCAGGAGGGCUACUUGCAGUCACUAGAGGUGUCCAAUUUGUACCUCUACGACAGUGUGCUGAUGCUUGCCAACGCCUUCUACAGGAAGCUGGAGGACAGAAAGUGGCACAGCAUGGCAAGUCUGAACUGUAUACGGAAGUCCACCAAGCCCUGGAAUGGAGGCUGGUCCAUGCUAGAGACCAUUCAGAAGGGUCGCAUUACCGGGCUCACUGGGGUUAUGGAUUUUAUGGACAACGGAUCCAACUCGCAUGUUCAGUUUGAAAUUUUGGGCACCAGCUUCAGCGAGACCUUCGGAAAAGACAUAAAGAGGUUAGCCACAUGGGACUCCGUUCAUGGCCUCAACGGGAGCUUGAAGGAGAGUCGGAUUGAGAACGGCAUGCAAGGGGUGACAGUAAAAGUGGUGACCCUGCUGGAGGAUCCAUUUGUCAUGGUAGCGGAGAACAUUCUCGGACAGCCCAAAAAGUACAAAGGCUUCUCCAUUGAUGUCCUGGAUGCAUUGGCCAAGAUCCUGGGAUUCAAAUAUGACAUCUACCAGGUGGCCGACAGCAAGUAUGGCUCGCAGCUUCCCAACGGCUCGUGGAAUGGCAUGAUUGGGGAACUGAUCAACAAGAGGGCCGAUCUGGCCGUGUCAGCUAUCACCAUAACGCCCGAGCGGGAGAACGUGGUGGACUUCAGCAAACGCUACCUGGAUUACUCGGUGGGGAUCCUAAUGCGCAAACCUGAGGAAAAGAUCAACAUCUUCUCACUGUUUGCUCCAUUCGACCUCGCCGUAUGGGCCUGCAUCGCGGCAGCCAUUCCUGUGGUCGGGGUUCUGAUCUUCCUGCUGACCCGGAUGCAGUCUCUGCGCUCCCAGAACCCUCCAGGACCUCAUCAGCCACCUUCCAUGUCCAGCUCCCUGCACAGUGCUAUAUGGAUUGUGUAUGGCGCCUUCAUGCAGCAAGGUGGAGACUCUGUGGUGGGCUCAGUGGCCUUGCGGAUUGUAAUGGGCAGCUGGUGGCUCUUUACCCUGAUCGUGUGCUCAUCCUACACAGCCAACUUGGCAGCCUACCUCACUGUAUCCCGCAUGGACAACACUAUACGGACUUUUCAGGACUUGGCGAGACAAAUGGACUUGGAUUACGGUACGGUGCGCGAUUCAGCAGUGUACGACUACUUCCGAGCCAAAGGUACCAACCCCCUGGAGCAAGACAGCACUUAUGCAGAGCUGUGGAGGACUAUCAGCAAGAACAAUGGCCAGGACUACUCUGUGUCCAGCCCAUCAGAGGGCAUUCGCAAGGCAAAGAAGGGCCCAUAUGCCUUCUUGUGGGACAUGGCGGUGGUGGAGUACGCGGCACUGACGGACGAUGACUGCACCGUCACCGUAUCCGGCAACAGCAUGAGCAGUAAGGGCUAUGGAAUUGCCAUGCAGCACGGCAGCCCUUACAGAGACCUCUUCUCUCAGAAGAUCCUGGAGCUGCAAGAGAAAGGUGACCUGGACGUGCUGAAGCAGAAAUGGUGGCCUCGCUCGGGCCGCUGCGACCUGAGCGGCCACUGGGGGUCGCAGCCCGACGGCCGCUCGCUCAAGCUGCACAGCUUUGCCGGAGUUUUCUGCAUCUUGGCUGCCGGGCUGGUGCUGGCCUGCCUGGUGGCCGCCUUGGAGAUGUGGUGGAGCAGCAACCGCUGCCGGCAAGAGCAGCCCAAAGAGGUUACUAAGGAUUACAGAGUGGCAAGGGUUUCAGAUCCAUUGAGAUAUAAUGAUAUUUCUACUGCUUCAUCGGAGGGGAGGAAGGACAUUUGGACAGAGAGAGAGAGAGACUGGGAUGAAGCAGAGGCUAUUGACACAGGACAAGGAGGUGAACCUGGAGCAGGUGCAUCGGCGUAUGAACAGUCUUAUGGACGAGGACAUGGCGCACAAGCAGAUCCCCGGCCCAUCUAUCGAGAUCUCUGCCCUGGACAUCGGCAGCAUGCAGCCCAGCCAGGCGCGGGAGGCUGGCCGGGACUUCCCGGGCACGGCUCUGUCUGUGAGCACCUUCCUCCCGGAGCAGGCCCAUGGGGUGGGCCGGACUCUGGCGCCGGGGCCUGGCAGCACACUGCCCCUGCCGCUCAGCAGCUCCACCAUGCCCUCCAUCCAAUGCAAACACAGGGCCCCCAACGGGGGGCUCUUCCGGCAGAGCCCCGCCAAGACACCCAUGCCAAUGUCCUACCCGCCGGUACCAGGAGGACCCAUCCCAGAAGCCAUUGAGCCCACCCACAGCACGUCAAUCUGAGGCUAUUUUUGCUUUUUGUUUUUUUGUUUUGUUUUUUUCCCCGACAGGGUGAGGACGAGACCGCGAGACUUUCGGGGGGCAUCACGUGUAAAAAAAAAAAAAAAAAAGGAAAAAAAAAAAACAAAAAAUUUAAAAAAAAAGAAGAUUUUUAAUACACAUACAAAAUUUUAAAAACGACAAAAAAAAAAAAAAACCAUCAGCGAAAACAGAUCCUUUUUCUUGUAAAUAUUUGUAAAUAAGAAAAAGAGCGAAGUGAGUAAAAGUGUAUUUUGAAUAUUCUCAAUUUUUGAAGUUGAGUUACAAAAAACAAAACGAAAACUCGAAAAAAAGGAACAAACAAAACAAAACGUCACAAAAAAAAACAACAACAAAAAAAAAAAAGACUCCGAAAACGACUGUUUGAAUGGCUUUGUAAAUUUUGUUCUCUAUGGAUAAAGA